CUUUAAUUCUUUUCAAAAUAUAUCUCAAGUAUCAGAAGUUUCAUGACAUUCUAAUCUAUAUAUUCUUUUUCCUUACUGUUUUAGGCAUAUCAAUUAAAAAGACUUCAAAAUUGGUGUAUUAGAUCCUAAGAUAUAAACAAAAGAAAACACUGGGUUACAUUAAUCCGUGUGCGGUAUUAACGGGUGGCACAGGAAGUGCGGUGUUUGAGGGUUAAACAUAAAUAAUAGAUUCAUUAAUUUAUCUCAUAAACAACAUGCUACUAUUGUUACACUGACUAUAUUAAUUAAAAACGUUAAGCAAUAGCAAUGUCGUUGUUCGCAGCUUACAUUUACAUGUCGAUGUCACUGUACUUGAUAAUACCAGUGUCGCCGCAGAUCAUGGACAUUGUAAUGCCUCUCAAUGACAGUCGUCCACGAAAGUUUCUGCUCGAGGUCGAGUAUCGUGUAGACCGAGAGAAAUACUACUAUCCCAUUUUACUCCAUUCUUAUGUGGCGAUUACAGCGAUCAUAUCAAUUAUGGUGUGCGUCGACACUACAUACAUAGCGUACGUGCAACAUGGUUGCAGUUUAUUCGCAGCCAUUGGGCAUCGAUUAGAGCAUAUUUCGAAAGGACACAUCGAUGAGACGAGCCACUUUGCUAAAGAGAGAACGCGCCGAUACGUAGAAGUCGAAGAUAUUUGCUUCAAAGAAAAGGCGAUUUUUCAAGAAUUUGUCACGUGUUUGCGAAAACAUCAGCUUGCAAUACAGUAUGUUCGUUUGUUAGAAUCUUCCUUCACGGUGUCGACGGGUAUCCAAUUGUUGUGUAACGUUGUUGGUAUAAGCCUUAUAGGAAUUCAAAUAUUACUUUACCGAAGUAUCGUGCCGUGCACGUUGACUGCCGGUAAAAUAUACGUAAUGUCGAUGGCCAAUUAUAGUGCGGUGGUGCAGACCGCUAUGUCUUACUUCAUGACGUUCUCUUCUCUGAAAUAACGAGUUCUCUAUAAUUAAACAUCUUUUGUAGUUCCAUCCUAAAAAUAAAUAAAUUCCCAAAUAUUGAAAAUUCUAUAUAUGUACGUUGUACGUAGUGUAAGUUUGAAAAAUAUAUUUUAUAAAAUCCAUAAAACUGGGACAUUGAAUCAUUGAAGACCGAGCCAUUCGAUACAUUUUUACGUGCGACAUGUAUUCGUUAAAAAUCCUGCAAGAAAUUCUAAUGCGCGUAACAUCUAGAUUUUGAUCUUUUAAAAUAUGAAAGAAAUUGACAUAAAUGAUAAGAGAAGUGAUUAAUACAUUUUAUCUGCCGCAUAUUGCGUAAUCUGCUCUUUUGUAUCAAAAACUGAACUGUGCGCGGCCUCCCCAGAAUUAACAUUUCUUCC